UGAGGAGGCGUGGCCUCCCGUUUGUGGGCGUGGCCUGAGGAAGAUGGCAGCGCUGAGCGGGGACGCGCUGGGGCUGGAGAGGGAUGUAUCCAGGGCCGUGGAGCUCCUGGAGCGGCUCCAGCGCAGUGGGGAGCUGCCCCCCCAGAAGCUGCAGGCGCUGCAGAGGGUCCUGCAGAGCAAGUUCUGCUCCGCCAUCCGAGAGGUCUACGAGCAGCUCUACGACACCCUGGACAUCGCCGGGACCCCCGAGAUCCGCGCCCACGCCACCGCCAAGGCGACAGUGGCCGCGUUUGCCGCCAGCGAGGGCCACGCCCACCCCCUGGGACCCCCCAAUGACCCAUUAAUGACUGUUAAUGACUGUUAAUGACCCCCAAUGACC